AUGGCCCUGCGGCGGCUCCUGCAGCACGGCCCCGGCCCCGAGCAGGCGCUGCCCAUGGACGGCAGGAGGAUGCAGCAGCUGGCCGGCGCGGUGGGCACGCUGCCCCGCGGGCGCAGGCAGCUCGCCUUGACCCGAUCCAUCUCCUCAGGCGACUCCUCCAAGCCCCAAAGGCGCCUCGUCGCUAUACUGAAGGAAGACAAGGAGACGUUUGGGUUUGAAAUCCAGACGAUCAGGUUCCCAAACCAGAAUGAUUUCUCCCUGGAAGUGUGCACGUGUGUCUGCAGGAUCCAGGAGGACAGCCCAGCCCACCUCUCUGGCCUGCAGACUGGGGACAUCCUCGCCUGCAUCAACGGCGUCAGCAUCGAGGGCUUUGGCCACAAGCAGAUCGUGGACUUGAUAAAGUCCUCAGGGAACUAUUUGAGGCUGGAGACCGUCAAUGGAGCCUUGUUCCUGAGGAAAAUGGAGCUGGAGACCAAACUGCAGGCUCUCAAGCAGGAGCUGCACCAGCGCUGGGGAGAGCUGCGGGCGCUGCUGGCCCGGGAGCGGCUCCUGCUGCACGGGGAGGUGAACGACAACGCUGUGCUGGGCACGCUGGAGCUGGCAGAGCCCGGCUCGUGCGGUGACUGCAGCUCCCCAGGAGCCUUCGUGCCGGCCAAGCCCCGCUUCUCCAGCGAGAGCAGCUCCCGCAGCCGGCUCAGCUCCAUGACCCUGGGCAGCGAGGACAGCUUCUACCAGGGCAGCGCCUUCGAGGACUCGGCUGCCGACAGCCUGAGCCGCCAGUCCAGCGUGGAUGAUGAUUGCGUGUUCCGCAGGGACGGGGAGGGCGCUGCCGGCCGGAGCUCCCUGCGCAGGCACCGCAGCAUCAGCCUGGCCAGCAGCGGCUCCAUGUCCCCGCUCUGGGAGAGCAGCGGCUGCUCCAGCAGCUUCGGGACCCUCCCGCGCAAGAGCAGGAGACCCAGCGUCCGGAAACACCUUCUGAAAUUCAUUCCAGGCUUUCACCGGGCGGUAGAAGAGGAGGAGAGCCGGGUCUGAUGUCGCAGGUGUCGCCCUGGAUGUCCGCCCUGCCGCUCGCCGGUCACGUCGUGGGGACAGCGCGGUGACACCGCAGGGCGCUCCCCAGACUCAGCUCUGAUGAGAUCCACACGGCUCUGGGCUGUAAUUGCUUUCAUUUUAAUCAGAGCACGCUGCGGACCUCUUCAUUAACGUGAAAAAUGAGUGACUCCAAAAUGUGAAGAACCUUUGCAGAACUUCCUCAGCGAACUUCGCUGUUAAUAACAGUUUUUAAUUGAAUGCGAAACUGAUAGCUAUUUAUUUCCUGUUACCGGAGUCAGUGUCUUCCAAAGGUCUUCAAUAAAAUGAGUGCUUCUACUAAAA